AUGACCCCCCUGCACGCAGCUGUUGUUCUCGCGCUCCCCUUCGGCAUCGUACAGGGUGCCUGUGUGAACACCGACGGUUGGUCGUCAACCUCACAGGGUUGGGAUUGUAAUACAUACAGUGCUCAACCGUAUAUGUGCUCGUGGGGUUACUACUAUGAAGACCUUGGCUUCGGUUCCAGUGAAAUGUGCUGUGUAUUCGGCGGCGGGGCGCCUGUACCUACGCCGCGUCCGCCACCGCCGCCUCGCCACCGACGCCAGCCAACGCCGCCACCGCCGCCGACGCCGCCACCGACCCCAGCACCUAUGCCGCCCCCGCCGCCGACGCCAGCACCUACGCCGCCACCGCCGCCGACGCCGCCACCGACCCCAGCACCCACGCCGCCACCGCAGCCGACGCCAGCACCUACGUCUUCGUCGCGGAUGGCGUCGAGGAGUGCCCUGCUGGGUACAGGGUUAUAUCCCAGAGCGAGUGCAGUGCAGGCGUUACCAUCGACGGAGCUUAUACACCGUACAGCAGCUACAGCUUUUGCCACGACUUCUGGCCGGCGCGGGGUUGCUUCCUGUGGAAAGGAAAUGUCUAUUACAGCCUCUGCAGCGAGACAGGUGCCUUGA